AUGACACUUACGAGAAGAAUCGGGUUAUUUUGGAACGGUAUUUUUAUCAUUAUCGUAGUAUUUAUAUGUACUUCAAGUGAAUUUUGGAGAGAAAAUAAUUCACCUUGUAAAAAUCUUGGGACAUUUUGUCGUAAAUUACCAUUUGGUCAAAGAUGCUGUGAUACAACAGUAUGUGAUUUGAAAGCACCCUUUUCUGGUACAUGUGUAAGAUGUUUAGAUAAAGGCAAAUUUUGUUUACGAAGUCGUGAAUGUUGCGAUAAUUAUUGCUUUUUCUUUAGGUGUCGUUAA